AUGGGUUUCGAGGGCGAGGCUCGCGUAGUCGUGGAGAAGGAAACCAUCGCCGAUCCGGCUCCUCUGGGGCUCGCGGCUUUCGCGCUCACCACCUACGUGCUCUGCGCGCACAAUGCAGGGUGGGCGCCCGACGUGAUCUGGGUGGGGCUGGCGUUCUUCUACGGCGGGUUGGCGCAGCUACUGGCGGGCAUGUGGGAGUUCAAGAAGAACAACACGUUCGGCGCCACCGCAUUCUCCACCUAUGGCGCCUUCUGGAUGGGCAUCGGCUUCUUCGUGCUGCUCAAGAUCCUCGGCUAUGUACGCUCCCCGCCUCCAAGCUCACCUCCCGUGCUCCUCGCUUUGAAUGCCCUUUGCUUGCGGCGCUCGCUGUUGUUCCGUACCCAAUUUCCCGUCGUUGCUCCUCUCAUUCUUUCCUCUUUGAUGUUUGCUCCGCUCGACCCUCAUUACUCCUCGUCUCCACCCAAUUCCGCACCGCCGCCGCGCGCCCGCUCAUAUGACGUGGCACGCCACCAGGUGAAGCUGGAGGCGGCGGACAUAUCGGAGGCGCUCGGGUGGUUCCUGUCGGGGUUCUUCAUCUUCAACAGCUACAUGACCAUCUGCGCGCUCAUGGCGUCGCAGGCCGUGCUGCUCGUCUUCGUGCUACUCGAGCUCACGCUGCUCUGCCUCUUCAUCGGCAACUUCAAGGGCCAGAAGCCCGGCGACAGCGGCUCCUGGAUCACUGCGGGUGGCUACCUCGGGAUCUUCACGGCCGUCGCAGGUACGCAGAGGCACCGGGGCGCAAGACGUAGUACUGUGCCGUAUAGCCACCGCGCAGAAGUGAACCUGGCAGACGAACGGAAACGGUCCCCUUGGUACCGUGUUUUCUGUCUUUAA